CUCUCUACAAACGAUCUUUGGCCUCCACUCCGCAGCGUGACGGAGACAGAUUCAUGUUCUGGAUAUGAGGAGAUGGGCUGAGGCGCAGAGGACAAACUGAACAACAUCGACACCGCCGAGUGGGGCUGUUACAGAUAAGAAGACUUUAGAGGAAUUCCUCCCCAUCCCACUCGUCAGCGCUCCUCGCUCUCCCCUCCCGGCCUCAGCAGGCCAGGGAAUGUCCCGGCGGUGAGAUGCCUUAUGUGGACCGACAGAACCGCAUCUGUGGCUUUCUGGACAUUGAGGAGAAUGAGAGCAGUGGAAAGUUUCUCCGACGUUACUUCAUAUUGGACACACAGCAGGGGAGCUUGGUGUGGUUCAUGGACAACCCACAGAAUCUUCCUGUUGGUACAGACUGCGUCGGCUCGCUCAAGCUCACCUACAUCUCCAAGGUCAGCGAUGCUACUAAGCUGAGACCAAAAGCGGAGUUCUGCUUUGUCAUCAAUGCGAAGAUGAGGAAGUACUUCCUGCAGGCCAAUGAUCAGCAGGACCUGGUGGAUUGGGUCAACACUCUCAAUAAAGCCACAAAGAUCACUGUGCCAAAGUUAUCUGACAACCAGCAGAACUCGGAGAACCAGAGGGCUUUGCCUGACGUCGUGGGACCCAAGAAACAAGUUUCCUACAAGACGGAGAUAAUUGGAGGCGUGCCCAUUGUCACUCCGACACAGCACGAAGGCGGUGACGUUGCAAACAAAUCAGAGCGUGAGGCGAUGCAGCGUUCCCACAGCCAGCUGCCAUAUUUCUUGGGAAGGACAGCUCAGGACCACACUGUCAUCAAGUCGGGGUACUGCGUCAAGCAAGGAGCUGUAAUGAAGAACUGGAAACGUCGUUAUUUCCUCCUGGAAGAAAACUCCAUGAGUUACUUCAAGUCAGAUUUGGAGAAAGAGCCUCUGAGGAUGAUCCCGCUAAAAGAAGUUCAUAAAGUCCAGGAGUGCAAACAGAGUGACAUCAUGAUGAGAGAUAAUCUGUUUGAAGUUGUCACAACAUCAAGGACGUUUUAUAUCCAGGCGGACAGUCCAGAGGAGAUGCACAGCUGGAUCAAGGCUGUCUCGGGGGCCAUUGUGGCCCAGCGGGGGCCCGGGAGGUCGGCUGCCACUGACCUCGGCAGCCGCUCCACAUUCUACCGCAGCCCAGCAAGUACCCCCGUCCCUCGCACGCCAAUAUCUGCAGUGCCACCGAGCUACUCAGAGCGGGGGUCCGCUGUCCCGUGCGACCCACACUCACAGCCUGGCAUGGGACAGCGAGCACUUCAUGAGCCUGCUGCCACGCCCCAUUCACAGCCACGCGUCGGCACGCCUGUCCCUGCAGGAGACGCGCCUGGCAAAGUGACCCGUCAGCCACCCGCGACUUCCAUCGCUAACUCGGAUGAGUCGCCUUGGCGACGGCGGAGCAGCUUUGAGCCCCAUAUGCCCAAAACUCGCCUCAGCAUGGAUGAUGUUGAUCUGCCAGUGAGCGAGGUCUGACCUGCUCCACUGCUCUGGCUUCUCUUGAUGGACUAACAGGAAGCCCCGCUCGACUAAACAAAGCUACAUCACAUCCGAGAUGGGUCCGAACUGCACUUAUGUGCCAAAGACAGCACAGUGGCCACCUAAACCCUUCCUCCUUACCCCUGACUUAGAACGGCACAGUUACCUACAGAGUCGACGCUGAAGCUGUUUGACUUGUUCUGAAUAAAAUUCAGCCACAGAGCUUUAUUUUAACAUAUAUGGGGACAUCGAUGUUUGUGACCACUUUGUGCCAAUUAAAUAAGGGAGCUUUUAAGGAUGCAAAUUGUUCCUCAUGUCUGAAAUGAGCGUUUAAAUUUGGGAUCGGCUUCCCGUCACCUCAUGAAUCAACAGCUUUAUUCACUUGCUCAAAGCAACACUGUAGACACAUUUAGUCCUGGAAAAGUUGCCAUAGAUCCUUUUAUAUUUUUUAUCCACACCAGGGUUCAGAUCCGAUUCAAGUCCUCUGGGACUUUACUGAUCACAGAUGUUGAAGCGAAUCCAACUCUGCUUGUUGAUUUAAAGGAUCAAAGAUGCACAAGGAGGAGGAAACGCGAGAAAUAAUGAGUGGGCGUGUACUAAAGGGCUGAAUUCCACUCUGAACGACGUGAAAGCAGCAGCUUUUUAAGUGAAAGAGAAGUGCAAUUCUGUAAUUUACAAUAAAAAACAAGUCUCCGCUAACGAUCAGCCUUAUGUUCUGACAUAAUAACGACCAUACUGUACGAAGCCUGACAUUAGUCACAUCAGUUGCAUGCUAAUAUUUUUAAAAUCCUUCAGGUGUUUGUUAUUUACUAAAGCUCUGGAUGUUGUGUUUAUUUUUUAUUAUUAUUGUUUAUUGUGCUUUUAAACCUGUCCCACUUCUGUUUUCUCGUGUUAAUAUCACCAGUCUGAUUCAAGGCAGCUGCCACACCGUGUCAUUUACAAUACUCCACUGUAAUCCUGCUCAGUAAUGCACACUAAUCAUGUUUUUGUUGUUAUUCCUCUGGAGCCAAGUUGUUUCACUCCCGUUUCAGUCUGGUGUAACUGGUUUGAAUUGCUUCUAUUUAUUAAGUGGAUGACUUGAAAGAAAUAAACACUGAAAAUUUG